CGUGACCGUGGCAUGUUUAUAUUUUUUGCUGCAGAUUUGGAAUUAAAUAUGGAAUUGUGCUUAUUUAGAUCAAACUAGGAUUUGGAGCUUCAGGCACAAUUAAAUCGGACAGUUCCGAGAUCAUUUUGGAUAUAUAUUAGUGUACAUUGGCCGACAGGAAAAACGGUAAAACGCUUUUACAUAAAUCCUUUGAACUGAUUCUCUACAUUCAAACGCCAUUCCUAACUAUUUAGUAGGCUAACCACAUAUUCUAACUUACUAAAGACCAGUUACGGAAAAAAUCACAGUGGCCAGUGGAAUAGACUAUAAUAUAGCUAUUUUGAUAAUUUUUGCUGAUUAAAACAAUACCCGAGGUCACAUCGGCCUGAGUAGCUCAAUGCGUUGCUGAAAUGGAAUGGAACGGUGUAAGCCCAGUGCUAUCCUCUUUCAAUUGAAAUAAAAAAAAAUCUACAUAAAUGCUGGAAAGAUGGCAUGUAGUAACAAUGACCAUGAAUAUUCUGACUCGAGCGCUGGUGAAGAUGAAACCCAAAGCCAGAUCCCAAGUGCACAACGUACAUGGGAUAAACUUUUCGAAACAUUGCAGGAACUGCCGAAAGAUGUGUAUAUUGAAAGACUGUUGUCGUUGUGUGAGCACAGUAACCUAUCUAUAGAUGGUUUCAGGGAUUAUCUACUCAUCAGAGCACGAAUGGAACGCUCUGAAACACCUAAAUUCAAGCUGAUAGCAAGGAAAGGUGGACGGAGUGAAGAUCGCAAAAGCAAACUUGCUAGUGAUUGCUACGCACUUUAUCAAUUCACAGAAGGCAAUAGUGUUGCAGACCUCAUGUCAAUAUUCACGAAAACUCCAAUAGUUGACAAUGAACAUACGUCACGCUUCGCUAGAUCAUUUAUUUCAAAUGAUGAUGUUUGCGACCCUGAUUCCAUCAAUCAACAUAGUCAACCGACUACGUCAACCCACUUCUCAAUGAUGGAGACCAUGAUGUCUUAUAUAUUUACAAUUAAAGGAACAUGCGCUGAAAUUUCUCAAACCCUCGAGCUACAAAAUGCUGAAAUUAAAGACCUACAAAAACAAAUUAAGCAAUACAAACAAAGUGAACAAACAAUCAGAGACUGUGAGGCAAAAGCCAAAAAUGAGCUAAAACAUGUAAAAUUACUGUUAAAAGAAAGAGAACACGAAGUCUCUGAAUUUAAAUCCAAAAUGCAAAGUUAUGAAAAUGAUGUUAAACAACGACUAAAUGCUCUUGAAGGAAAAGUCGGAACUGUCCACAAGAAUGUUAAUGAACUUAAGGAUACUUAUUCUCGUAAACGGUUUGUAUCAACUGCUAACCAACAUGAAACAAUGGACGCUACUGAUCCCACGAGUCCAGUGCCUGACAUAUGUACUUCCCCAAAUGACCAUAACAGUAUGUCGUCAUCUCCUCAGCAAAAAACGACUAACAGCUCUGCCAAGCAGUCAUCGGUCAAUGCAGAUACGACUAAGGAAAGAGGUGACAAUAUGGCCAAACCUGACUCGUCCAAACGUGUAAGGACAACACCUACUACAAGUGAAGGUAAACGGACACCUUCUUCACCCUGUGAACAUUCCUUUUGCCUAGCAGCCACAACUAAGGUGAAUACUAUUCCUGUUGUAACUUCAUACAGACAAGAAUCUAAUGACACAGCUGUUACUAACAACGAUGACGAAGGUGAACACGACAUUGGAUUCUCGGGAUAUCAACGCCCACGUAACAGACGGCAAAACAUAAAGCGCUUAUUCGUAUCGCGUCUUCGAUCCAAAUUGCCAUUUGGUGAUCUUAGUAAGAAAAUUCAAUCUUUCGCCCUUAGCAAGGGUGUGACAAUUACAUUCGUCCGUCUCCUUAAAACGUAUACUUCAAACUUUGGCCUUACUCAUUCAUAUUCAUUACGGAUCAAUGUACUUGCACAGCAUAGCCAUUCUGUAUUAGAUGACCAACAUUUUUGGCCAGACGGUGUACUUUGUAAAGAAUGGAUUCCAAACUAUAAGAGCAACACUGAACAAGACAAUUCAUGGGAAUAAAUCUUAUAUUUAUAUCUUUAAUAAUGACAAUUAGACUCCUAUCAUGGAAUGUACAAGGGGUUAUGCAUAGCACCCCAUACUUGUGUAAGAGACUACAGCAAACUGAUAUAUGCAUCAUCCAGGAGCACUGGUUGUACCCAAGUAAUGUGAAUUACUUAAAUACAAUUGACUCAGAUUUUAAAAGCGUUGCUGCUUGUGAUAAAACCCUAUCAAUUGAUAUAGUAAAUAAACGGCGUGGUUGUGGGGGAGUAGCUAUACUUUAUAGAAAAAGCAUUAAAUAUGUGUGUGAUCUAGAAAUAUCGAGUGAUAGAAUUUGUGGUAUCCAGAUUACCUUAUCAAAAGAACCACUUUUUAUAAUUGGUGUGUAUCUUCCCUCUACUAAUAAAUCAACAUAUGAAUAUAGGGAAUACAUUAGCGAUCUGAAAGAUGUAUGUGAUAGAUAUAAUAGUAUAGGAACUGUUAUUCUUGCUGGGGAUUUUAACGGUCAUCUUUCAGCCUCAAAGUGUGGGCCACGAUUUUUUGGAACACCCAAUGAACGUGGCAAAUAUAUUGAGCAGUUUUUAGAUGAUUGCGAAUUUGUAUGUGUCAAUACGCAACAAGUCACUACUGGUCCACUGUAUACAUACACUAGUAGUGACAUGAUGCACCAGUCUCUCAUUGAUUUUAUCAUGAUACCAGGUUCUAAACUGGAUUUAGUUAAAAGAUGCUCUGUCACAGAUGAUCAUGAUCUGAUUCUAUCAAACCAUUGUCCAAUAUUUAUGGAAUUUUGCAUCGAACAAAAAUUAAAAAAGUAUAGCGAAGUAACAAUGCUGAAGUGGAAUAAAUCCUCCAGAGAAGAUUUAAUGAAUUAUCGUGAAUCACUGAAGAGAAAACUAAGGUCAAUUAAUAUGAGCAAUGCAACGAAUGAAUCAGAUCUUGAGCAUUAUACAUCUGAUAUUAUGAAUGCUAUUAAAGAGGCAGCAAAUAGUGCAAUUCCAAAAUCGUGUUUUAAACAUUUUUUAAAUCCAUUUUGGAAAUUUGGUAGAGUUAAAGAACUACAUACUUUAAUGAGAAAAUCCAGACGUGUCUGGAUCAGUAACGGUAAACCAAAAACUAAAUGUAACAUGUUCUUAAUUGAAUAUAAAAAAGCGAAGCGAAGUUUCAGGGCUGAAUUACGACGUGCUAAAAUUAUGUAGGAGCGUUCUCAAGAUACAAAAUUUGAGGAAGCUGCAGAUUU